CGAGAAGUUCUGGGCGAGCAAAGCCGACAUGGACGACCACCUUUUAGUUAAGCCAUCCUGCCCCUUAGUCCAUAGAGGUAGUCGAGGAGUCUACUCUAAUAAAUAUCACAUCACGAAUCCCGGACCAUCAUGAGCACCCAGUCUAAAGCCAUAACGAUUGGCCUGGUACUGGCUUUCGGAAUUGGCAAUGCUUACUACUCGUUCAACCCGAGUUUAAGGGAGUUGAAGGAACAGCGAGAUGGUCCGACUACUAGUAAAGCACCCGGAACCCAGCGGCUCUCGGCACCGCAACUAGAACCUGACCGGCAACAGAAGUCUAGCUGAACCGGCGACUGGGCGAAGGAAGCAAGACACCAUCUUCGGGGUUUUCGGCUUCAUUCUACGACCAGGCCCAAUUCAGAAUAAUGUUAAACUAAACUCAGAGCGUAACACUGCCCUAGACAUGCACAAUACGUGGGACACGCCUUGAAGACGUGUGAGCGAGAUUGGGUAUUGGAUACCUUACCAGUGUGAUACGUAUGCCAAGUACUACUACUUCGUACAGUAAGUUGGUACAGGUAGGUAUGGUAAUAACUGUCUUGGAUCUCUAGCCACUGGAAGUGUUUAGCAUCAGGACA